AUGUCACUGAAAAUCAAGUUUCGCAUGUAUCAGACAUUGUGCAAAUCUUCUCUAAGUGAACUGAAUUUAUUCCAAAGUGGUAUUGAAGAUGAAUCUGUUAUACAAAAUGAACGCCGAUCGACACAUCUGUAUUUGAUUCUUUUAGUCGUGUCAUUUGUUAUAAUAGCAUUCUAUUAUUCUCUUGAAUCUCGUGAAAAUACGAUUAUAAUCAAAUCUCCUUCAUUUGUCAAAUAUUCAAGUCUGCGUAAAGACGUAUCGUUGCAUUGUCCUUGUACAACAGUAGCGGUGAAGUACAAACAAUUUGUUGCCAUUGAGCCUGUCUAUCAUGAAUUAUGUCAAAGUGACUUUAUUUCGGAGAGAUUUUUCCAACAAUUAUUCAGUUUGUACAAGAAAACUUGGAACAAUUCAAUUCAAACUGAUUUUCAUCGAAUAGCUGUAUUUCAAUUUAAAACACUUAGAACAUUUUGUCAAUUAACACAAGAAACAAUCACACGUACUGUUGAAACAUUUCUCCAGACAGAAAUGAUUCAAUCUCAACUGCCUACACAAGACGUUUUUCAACUUCAUAUUGAUUUGUUAUUAGCCGAUUUCCUUGAAAUGACUCCAAAAACAUUUUUAAGAACGUUAACAUUUACUCAAGAUAUAAUUGCACAAAAUUUAUUUCUGACUGGCGCCUCAAUAACAAGUGUUUUACCUUUUAGUAGGCGCCGUCCAGAUAUUACCGACCCGGGCAGUGUUCCAUUUCAUGGGAUAAAAUAUACAUUCUCAGAUAACUCUUCAUGUCAAUGUACAAGUUCAACUGUUCAGAGUUGUAUGGGCUUCGCAACAUUUCAGAAUAAUUCUGUUCAUGGUUUUCAAACAGGUUGUUAUAUGGUGAGUGCACUUCUCAAAUCAACACUCGAAAUACUUUACGAUCAAACUAUGAUUGACAAUCUCACGAAUUCAUCGAACAGUUUUUCAAAACUGAAUUCGUCAAUUUCAGAUUCGACAAUUGAAACAUUACUGAGUCACAUGUUUGUCAUUCAUUGGUCUAACAAAACAUCCUUUAAGCAAUAUUUCAAUAAUUGUGCACCAGCUUCAUGUCAAUAUACAAUUGUUCAAGGAAAUAGUUUCUUAUUAAUUGUAACACUCCUAAUUGGUCUCUAUGGUGGUUUAUCAUCCAUUUUAACUAAUAUUUGUCCUGUCAUCAUUGAAACAAUAUUACCAUUGAUUCAAAAAUUUCGUCUCAGUCGACGGCGAACAAUUACCACACAAGAUACAAAUAAUAGACUUAAUCGAGAAUUUUACACCAUCAACGAACGUAUGAAAGAACUUUUUCGAUUAUUGAAACAAAAAUUGAUCGAAUUGAAUCUAUUCAAAAGUAUUCCUUCAACAAACGAUGCAAAUAUUCUUCACCAACAAUACACUACGACACGACUUUAUCUAAUCUUGAUGCUUUCUGCUGUUAUUAUUCUCACUGCCUUUACAUCACUUAGACGGCAAACAAUUCAUGUUACUGUUCGUUCACCUUCUCUAGAAGAUUUUCUUCGUCUGGAUGAUCAAUAUCCAUUGACACUCAACUGUCCUUGUAAUCAAAUAUCAAUAGAAAAUCGAUUGAUUUCAUAUAUUGUACCUGAAUAUCAUGAAGUUUGUUUGAGUCACUUUGUCACGUCUUCUUGGAUUGACCUUCAGUUUACUCAAUCCUCACCGAAACCCUUAUAUACCCAUGAUAUUCGUUAUUAUUCUCAAUCUUUUUUCCAACUUUUGUCCACAUUAUGCCGCGCAGCAAAUCAAACAGUUUAUGAUUCUCUUCAAUCAUUCUAUCAAACUAAAUUUAUUACAAAUCAAGUACUUAGUUCUCAAGCAUUUCAAACGCAUAUCGAUGUACUCGUAAACCAGUUCAAAGUUACCGUAUCUGAGUUGUUUGAACGUUCAUUGACUUUAUUAGAAACGAAUCUCGAAAUCAAUCAAUUCGCAUCAUCAAUAAACACAGCUAUCGCAAAAGAAGACCCACGUGUUACCCCCACAUACAUUCCUCAGUUGGAGUUAUAUUCCUAUUUUUGGCAUGAGCGACCCAAAUGUAAUAUAAAUGAUUUUUCCACAAUUAUACACUGCAUUUGUACACCGAUGGUAUUUGAUAAUUGUCAUCUAAAAGUCGUGAUUAAUGAAAGCGGAGCAACACACGUUAUUCCCGGCAUGUCGCAAGGAUGGUUUCCUUUGAAAUCAGUUCUUAUGUCAACAUUGGAAUGUUUUUAUAAUCAAACAUGUCUUCGGCAGAUCACACAAUUGAUUAAUUCAACAUUCUCUCCAACGAAUUUUUCAACUUUGAAAUCAUCAUCAUCAUCUUUUUUAUCGAAUAACGUUGAAUAUCAACAAGUUGGUUCAUUAGCUAAUAAUCUGUUUAUUCAAUCAUGGAAGAAUGAUAGUUCAUUUCAAUCCUAUUUUAAUCAAUGUCAACCAAUAGAAUGCUCAUAUACUUAUACAAGUCGACCAAGUCUCAUUUCUAUAAUAACAACAAUAGUUGGUUUGAUUGGUGGUUUCAAUACUGCGUUACGUCUACUUCUCCCGUUUCUCGUUCAAUUAUUGAUUAAAGUUCGGAAGUAUUUUCAGCGACGACAAAGUGUUGUCAUUACGAUGCAAGAGACUCAUUGUUCAACAACAGGUACGAAAUUUCACAAUCUGGUUGUAUUUGGUAAACAAACGAUAGAAGAACUCAAUCUUUUCCCAACAAUUCCACCAUCAAAUGACUCAAAAGUAAUUCGCAGAGGUCGUAGAAUAACUCGAGUAUAUUUGAUUUUACUAUUAACAGUUUUGUUUAUUCUGAUACUUUAUACAUUAUCAAGACAAGAAUCAGUUACAAAAAUUGUUAAAGAUCCAUCACCAUUAAAAUACAGAGAGUUAUUCUCUAAGUACCCUUUCAAACUGCAAUGUCCUUGCAGUCGCAUGGCAAUUAAACACAAUCAAUUUAUUUCCCGAAUUGAACCCGAAUAUCAUCCAAUUUGUCAGAGUUUAUUUGUUUCUCCACAAUGGUUAGAUAAGGUGAUAAGCUCUAGUUUUGAUAAGAUGAUGCACGUGCCUCAUGGUGAUGAUUACAGAGCAUUAAUUCACGCACAAUUGCAGACUGUCGCAAAACUUUGUGCACUUUCUAAAAGUAUGUUGAACAUAUCAUUGUCACGAUUUGCACAGACAGAUUUUAUCACAGCUCUUGUUAUCUCCAACGAUGAAUUUAAUUUUCAGACAGAACUAUUGAUUGAACAGUUCAAACAAACAACAUUCAAUCAGUUUAUGGAAAUACUCAAGUUGAUUCAAGUGACGAAUCAUGGAAAUCAAUUAGCGGCAGUGUUGAAAUCAAAUUGGAAUUUUCUUUUCGAGAGAUCUUCUGAUUACGAUGAAACUCCUAGUCUACGAAAAGAUAUGUUAGCUGUUCCACAACAAUACGGGACAGAGAAUUGUUCAUGUGAUGUACAAUCGAACUGUUCUAAGUUUCCCGGAUUUUACUUUAAUACACAGGAUAAAGCAUUUGGCGAAACAAUACAAGGAUUUCUCGCUGGAUGUUUACCGUUGAAUGCUCUUCUUCAAUCAACUUUGGAUUGUUUCUUUAAUGAUCUAUGUGUAUCUAUGAUGCAAACAUUUAUUUUCUAUCAUAAACCUUUACCAUUCAAAGUUCUCAAGUAUUCAUCAUUGGCAAUACCAAAUACAACAGUCGAAACCAUUCUAAGUCGAUUAUUUGUGUCCAAUUGGUUACAAAAUACAUCUUUCGAUCUUUACUUUCGUCAAUGCGCUCCUCGAUUGUGUCAAUAUUCCUAUCCAAUGGAAUAUAAUACAGUUUAUGCUAUGACUACACUGAUUGCACUCUUUGGUGGUCUAAUCACUGGUCUGCGUUUCUUUGUACGAUAUGUAGCACUGAUAGUCUACAAAAUCGUUGAUAGACGUAAGAAAACAAGUCGAAUGGCGCCAAAUUUACAUGAGCCGAAUGUGACAGUGAUCAAUGAAGAUAAUAAUAUUGCGAAUAUUACUCCAGUUCCGACAACAGCAGAAGUCCAAUUAUUGUUUACAGUAAAUGGCGGAGAAGAGAACAGAUCAAAACACAAAGAUCGAGUAAUCAUAAUUUGUAUUUGUCUUCUGUCCGUAACAACCAUAGUUAUCACUUGCAUCGUUUUAUUUCUACAUCGAAAAGAACAACAAGAUUCCAUAAUAUUAACAACAAAAACAACUCAAUCAAUGACGGAUAGUACAAUAACACCAUCGAUGUCAAAACCAACAAAUUCUUUUUGUCAUAUGACUUUAAAAUAUCAAUCUCAAACAUAUCAAACUGAUCUUCAUCCAAUGUCAAUUGCUACUGGUGAUUUUAAUCGAGAUUCAAUUAUCGAUUUAGCUAUAACUAAUUUUGAGUCUCAUACUGUAAGUGUGUUGUUAGGAAAUAGAAAUGGAACAUUUCAGAUUCAACAAAUUUUAUCCACUGGAAAUGGUUCUGGUCCACAAAAAGUAGUAACGACGGAUUUUGACAACGAUUCAUUUUUAGAUCUGGCUGUAACAUUAUCAAUAGAAAAGAGAAUUGUGAUUUACUUUGGUACCUCCGAAACAAAUUUAUUUCACUCGCCUCCAUACAAUUUUUCUUACUAUGCUUAUCGAUAUCCACCGGAUUUAAUUGAAGUCAGUGAUCUAAAUCUUGAUGGAUUUGUUGAUCUGAUUGUUACUCAAAAUGCAAAUAUGACGAAUAUUCCGAAAAAACUUAUUUGUUUUCUAAACGAUGGCAGCGGAUGUCAGUUUAAGAUUGCGAACUAUUUUCAAUACUAUUUUGAAGACACGGAAAAUAUUAUUGACAUUGUUAUUGGUGACUUUAAUAAAGAUGGAAUCGGUAAUUCAGAUCCGUAUACGGGACUUACUCGCACUGGGAUGACAAAUGAAUAUCCAUCGAAAAUGAUCAAAGGAAGAUUCAAUGAUGACCAAUCGGAUGAUGUGGCAAUAAUUUCUUUUCGCUCGAAUACCUUACAAAUUGAAUUUGGUUUCGGUCAAGGAAAAUUUUUUACACAAAUCUAUUUGACAGACAUUUAUCCAACAUCUAUGGCUGUGAUUAAUUUUAAUAAGGAUGGUAUUGAUGAUUUGGCUAUUUUACAUUGUAAUGGAACGGUGAGUGUAUUUCUCGCGUUGAAAAUCGGAAUUUUGGAUCGACAUUAUUUAUCUUUCUCAAACUAUACAACAACCAAUGGUAAAUGUGCUCAAUCUUUGAAAGUUAUUGAUUUAAAUCAAGAUGGUAGAGAUGAUGUCGUUUUCGUUGAUCCAGAAAUGAACGUUAUUCGACUUUUAUUAGGUUCACCAUGUGAUGAAUAA